AUGGCAGAUAAUGAUGAUUAUUUAGAGUCCAUUGACAACAAUCAUUUGGACGGAACCAACGGUUCAAUAAACAUGACCGACAACAGUCUUGGCGUUGGAGAUGAAGCUUCAGGUACAGAGGUACCUGAUUUAGCAGCCAUUAAAGCAAGAGUACGUGAAAUGGAAGAAGAAGCAGAAAAAUUAAAACAAAUGCAAACAGAAGUGGAUAAACAAAUGAGCAUGGGGAGCCCACCAGGACUUACAAGUCCACUCAAUAUGUCAAUAGAAGAAAAAAUAGAGGCUGACAACAGAUCUGUUUAUGUUGGCAAUGUGGAUUAUGGAGCUACAGCUGAAGAGUUGGAACAGCAUUUUCAUGGUUGUGGUUCAAUAAAUAGGGUAACAAUAUUAUGCAAUAAGUUCGAUGGGCACCCCAAAGGCUUUGCCUAUAUAGAGUUUGGGGACAAAGAUAGUGUACAAACUGCUAUGGCUAUGGAUGAGUCUUUAUUUAGAGGUCGUCAAAUAAAGGUGAUGCCGAAGCGCACAAACAAACCAGGGCUGUCGACGACGAAUCGGCCGCCGCGGACGAUGCGUGGACGCGGCCGCUCGUUCCGCGGCGGCUUCUCGCCCUACUACUCGGGCUACCGGCCCAUCCGACGCGGCAGAGGGUUCAGGCGCGGCAUGUUUUACUCUCCGUAC